CACGAGAGGGAAUGGAAUCUGAUCUCUCUCACUCUCCACCAAGCAUCAGCACAGCAACCAACCAACCAACAGCCCAACAGACACAUUCCCUCCUGAAAUUACCAAAAAGCAACUAAAUCAAAAAUAAAUAUACCCAAAACAUAAUCAAGGAAUUUUUAUUCAAAAAAGUGAGUGAGAGAUAUCAAAACAAUUGAAAGCAAAGACAGAUAACCCACCCCCUCUUUGUCUUUCCGUCCUCGCCGCUAUCAACGGCCAUCAUUUUGUCCGCAUUCCAUCUCCAUUCAUUGCCAGAAGAGAGCUCACACACACUCCCACUGUAAAAUGACACCAUGACGACCUCGGCUCAACCACCCCCACCGCCAUCCAAGACCCAACGCAAGCUCAUUGUCGAAAUCGUUGACGCUCGUGAUCUUCUCCCCAAGGACGGCCAGGGAAGCUCAAGUCCUUACGUGAUCGUGGACUUCGACGGGCAUAAGCAGCGAACGACUACUAAGUACAGGGAUUUGAAUCCAGUAUGGAACGAGAAGCUAGAGUUCUUGGUUUCGGACCCGGAUACCAUGGAGGUCGAGGAACUGGAGAUCGAGGUCUUCAAUGAUAAGAGAAUGGGGAAUGGGGGUGGUAGUUCCAGGAAGAACCAUUUUCUGGGGCGCGUCAAGCUGUAUGGAAGUCAGUUUGCCAAGAGAGGAGAGGAAGGGUUGGUGUAUUUUCCUUUGGAGAAGAAGAGUGUGUUCAGUUGGAUUAGAGGUGAGAUUGGGUUGAGGAUUUAUUACUAUGACGAAGAGGUGGUUGAGGAGACCAAGACGCCGGAGGAACCUCCACCGCAGGCCGAUGUAAAGAAGCCACCGGUGGAGGAAAGUAGAGUGCAGUCGUUGGAGAUUCCGGUUGCGCAGAUGGAGGUUGUUAGGGAGGGCUCGCAGUCGCCACCAAUUGUGAUCAUUGAGGAGUCACCUCCGCCGCCAGUGAGUCCGCAGACGGAGCAUCAUGUGCCGGAGGAGGUGCAAUCGGAGAUGAGGAGGAUGGUGCAGGGUGUGAAAAUGGGAGGUGGAGAAAGGGUGAGGCUUUGGAGGAGACCGAACGGAGAUUACUCCCCAAAAGUUAUCCGUGGGAGGUUCACCAGCGAGUCCGAGAAGAUGACGGCGUACGAUCUUGUGGAGCCCAUGCAGUACCUCUUCGUGCGAAUCGUCAAGGCCCGCCGACUCUCACCCACCGAGAGUCCCUGCGUAAAGAUCCGAACUGCUGGUCACUUCUUGAGAUCAAAACCAGCGACUCUACGGCCUGGUGAGUCAUGGGAAAACCCUGAGUGGCACCAGGUCUUUGCUCUCGGCUACAACAAGUCCGAUUCAGCAAGCGCCACGUUAGAGAUCUCAGUUUGGAACGGAACGUCGGAACAGUUCCUCGGUGGCGUUUGCUUCGAUCUCUCAGAUGUGCCCGUACGAGAUCCUCCGGAUAGUCCUCUUGCUCCGCAAUGGUACCGUCUUGAAGGCGCCGACGAUCAAAAUUCCGGCAUCGUAUCUGGCGAUAUCCAGCUCUCAGUUUGGAUCGGAACUCAGGCGGAUGAUGCAUUUCCGGAAUCAUGGAGUUCCGACGCACCCUACGUGGCCCACACGCGCUCAAAGGUUUAUCAGUCGCCAAAGCUAUGGUACCUCAGAGUUACAGUGAUGGAAGCACAAGACCUUCACAUUGCUUCGAAUCUUCCUCCAUUAACAGCUCCAGAGGUUCGCGUGAAAGCGCAGUUAGGGUUCCAAUCCGUGCGGACCAGGAGGGGGUCCAUGAGCAGUCACAGUUCGUCAUUCUUCUGGCAUGAGGACCUCGUCUUCGUCGCCGGCGAGGCUCUGGAGGACCACUUGAUCCUGUUGGUGGAGGACCGCACGGCCAAGGACGCCCUGCUUCUCGGCCAUGUCGUAGUGCCGGUGAGCGCCAUUGAGCAGCGAAUAGACGAGCGCCACGUGGCAUCCAAAUGGUUCCCACUGGAUGGCGGGUGCGUAGGUGGGCCCUACUGUGGGAGAAUCAAUCUACGGCUAUGCUUGGAGGGUGGGUAUCACGUGCUGGACGAGGCAGCCCAGGUGUGCAGCGACUUUCGGCCAACGGCGAAGCAACUGUGGAAGCCGGCGGUGGGUGUUUUAGAGCUUGGAAUCCUGGGGGCUCGUGGAUUGCUGCCCAUGAAAACGAAGGGCGGAGGUAAAGGUUCCACCGAUGCUUACUGCGUCGCCAAGUAUGGGAAGAAAUGGGUGAGAACCAGGACCAUUACAGACAGCUUCGACCCACGCUGGAACGAGCAGUAUACGUGGCAAGUCUACGACCCAUGCACCGUUCUGACCAUCGGAGUAUUCGACAACUUGCGAAUGUUUGCGCCAGACAUGCCAGAGGAGAAGCCUGACUACCGUAUAGGAAAAGUCCGCAUACGCGUAUCCACAUUGGAGAGCAACAAGGUGUACACCAAUUCCUAUCCCUUGCUCGUCCUCCAGAGAACCGGGUUGAAGAAAAUGGGGGAGAUCGAAUUAGCGAUUCGCUUCGCAUGUCCUUCAAUGUUGCCCGAAACCUGCGCCAUCUACGGCCAGCCACUGCUCCCACGAAUGCACUAUCUCCGCCCACUGGGGGUGGCGCAGCAGGAGGCGCUGCGUGGGGCCGCCACUAAAAUAGUGGCAGCAUGGCUUGUACGAUCAGAGCCACCGCUGGGGCCGGAGGUGGUCCGUUACAUGCUGGACGCAGACUCCCACACUUGGAGCAUGAGAAAGAGCAAGGCCAACUGGUUUCGAAUUGUGGCGGUGCUUGCAUGGGCAGUGGGGUUGGCAAAAUGGUUGGAUGAUAUUCGAAGGUGGAAGAACCCAAUCACCACUGUACUCGUCCACGUCUUGUACUUGGUGCUUGUUUGGUACCCAGAUUUAAUAGUCCCAACGGGCUUCCUGUACAUAUUCUUGAUCGGAUUAUGGUACUACCGCUUCAGGCCCAAAAUCCCAGCCGGCAUGGACAUCAGACUCUCUCAGGCGGAAACGGUGGACCCGGAUGAGCUCGACGAGGAAUUCGACACCAUCCCAAGUUCCAAGCCCCCCGAAAUAAUCCGAGCCCGAUACGACCGGUUGAGAAUGCUGGCAGCCCGGGUCCAAACAGUACUGGGUGAUUUUGCGACCCAAGGCGAGAGGGUGCAAGCACUGGUGAGCUGGAGGGACCCAAGGGCCACAAAAUUAUUCAUAGGAGUGUGCCUCAUUGUGACAGUGGUACUGUAUGCGGUGCCACCAAAAAUGGUGGCAGUGGCCAUAGGAUUCUAUUUCUUACGCCACCCCAUGUUCAGGGACCCAAUGCCACCAGCUAGCCUCAAUUUCUUUAGGAGGCUUCCAAGCUUGUCUGAUAGGUUAAUGUAGAGGAGAGUUAGUAGUAGCUGAAAAUAGAUUGAAGAGGCACCCUGUAUUGCUGUGGGGGGCAGCGAGGAGAGAGUGGGUGAGGAACAUUGAAACAAUGAAAUCAACUGUUUGUGUUGAAAAACAAAAGUGUUGUCCACUCGUAAUAACAUUGUAAGGAGUGAAAAGGGGAAGAGGGAAAAGUGGGAUGGUGUCUGUCUUUUUUGUAUUUGCAUUGAUUGACUGACUGUUGAGAACUUGAAAUAAAGAAAAAAGAGCGAGGCAAACAGAGUUGAGGGGGAAAGGAGUAGGAAAAAAUGGAGUGCCAGAUAGAUUUAAAAAAGAAAGGGAGAGAUUUCAGAUUUGGAUGCCAGAGGGUUUGAUGUAAUGGUGUCGUGGAAAGUACAGCAUUGAAUUGCAUUCUAAUAAUAUAAAACUCCACCUUCAUUUCUUCC